UCUGUUUUCAGCACCCGCACCACCUGACUGUCUGUUCGCAGCACCCGGACCUGUGUCAAUGGCCGCUGCAGCCGCCGCUCCAGCAUCUGUGGCGCCGUCCUCGCCCAAGGCCGCCGGCGACAACAGGAAGACGGUGGUGUCCGUGGACGCGUCGGAGCUGGAGAAGCACGUCCUAGCGGUGGACGACAGCUCUGUGGACCGUGCCGUGAUCGCCAGGAUCCUGCGUGGCUCCAGGUACAAGGUGACCGCCGUGGAGUCAGCGACGCGCGCGCUGGAGCUGCUCGCGCUAGGCCUGCUCCCCGACGUCAGCAUGAUCAUCACCGACUACUGGAUGCCCGGGAUGACUGGGUACGAGCUGCUCAAACGCGUCAAGGAGUCGGCGGCGCUCAGAGGCAUCCCCGUCGUCAUCAUGUCAUCGGAGAACGUGUCCACCCGUAUCACCCGCUGCCUGGAGGAGGGCGCCGAGGGCUUCCUCCUCAAGCCCGUCCGCCCCGCCGACGUCUCCCGCCUCUGCAGCCGGAUCCGGUGACUGCGUGUGGUGCUAUGUUAGGAGCUAGGAUCCUCAACCAAAAAAAAAAAGAUUCCUCUUCUUUCUUUCUUUCUCUCCUGCUUGGACAUAGAUCUUCAAACAAGGAGCUAACAUUUGGGGGGAGACUUUUUAGCUUUAGGGAUCUCAACAAGUUGUUCGGAACGGGGGGGAUGGAGCACAGCGUUGGCUGUUCUUUUCUCCAUUCCUCUUAAUAACAUCAGGUGUCAAUGUCAUGCACG